AUGUUCGGAAAGGAGAAAGAAUCGACUGACGUCGCGUCCUCGGCGUUAAAAUGGAGAGUGUCGCGCUUCGUGCUGCCGUACCUGCCGCCAGGAUACAGGGAGCUUCCGGUGGUGCCGACUGCGGGGAGUCGAAUGAAGUCGUCGCAGCUAGUGCACUGGAUAGGGCUGCUCGCGCUCUUCACCUGCGCGUCCACCUGGCUCCUGGCGCCGACGCUCUCUUGGUCUGUUUCGAAACCCCCGCCUGUCCCGCCCCGUCUCAUCCUGGUGACGCCGACGUACGCGCGCGCGUUCCAGGCGGCGUACCUCACGGAGCUCACUCACACGCUGCGCCUCGUGCCGCCGCCGCACACGUGGAUCGUCGUGGAGAGCGGGAAUAAGACGGAGGAGACGGCCAUGCUCCUGGAGCGGACGGCAGGCUACUGUGCUGCAGCGGAGGCCGGCGGUCUGCUCUCUUCUGCCCCCCUCUCCAACACACCCUUCCAUCCCCGCCCUCUCUUGCAGAACGAGGACCAGCGGUGGUUCCGAGGCGUGGGGCAGCGCAACCUAGCUCUCGAGUACAUAGAAAGGGAGAACCUCGAAGGAAUUGUGUACUUUAUGGACGACGACAACUCGUACGCGCUGCAGCUGUUUGACGAGCUAAGGAAGAUUCAGCGCAUUGGUCUGCUGCCGGUGGGGUUCCUGUUUGGGAAAGACAGCCCCAUGCGCUCCUACGUUGGCCGCCCCAUUGUGCGGGUGCCUGUGGAGGGCGACCCCGAGGCACGGCGAUACAUCAUGGACAUGGCUGGGUUUGCGUUCAGCACGGAGGCUCUUCGCAACGGCACGGUCCAAGGAAAGAAGCAGCCCAUUCGCUUCCGGCCUUCAAAACGCGGGUUCCUCGAGACUGAUUUCCUAGAGCAGCUGGUGACACACGAGGACGAAUUCGAGGUGUUAGCAGAUGGGUGCAGAGCGGUGUGGGUGUGGCACAAGCACAUGGAGGACCUCUCCUGGGCCAAGUACCCUGAGGAUUGGCAGCCCGAGCAGAGCAACCACCGCAUUCCCACGUAUGACUGGGUGAAGAAUGACUCGAGUCACGAGGCGAGAGCUGGGCUGAUCGGGGGGAUUGCUCGCGUGGCGAAUGUUACGUUACCGCCGAGUUUUGAGGAGAUGAAAAGGGAGGAGGCCAUGCGGGCGGGGAGGGUGGAGGAUGGUGGGUCGGGGAUGGCAAAUGGGCAGAAGGUGGAUUUGAGGCGCAACGGGGGAGUAGCAUCAAGAGGGGAUUCAGGGGGGAGGAAUAAGAUGCGCGGGCGGCGGGAGGAUGGAACAAAAGCUGCGCGUUCCGUCCGGGAUCCGGCUGUCCGACGGAUCGAUCUUUUAAUUUCUAGAUCGUUUGAUUCAGAUAGCGUUGAGCGCAGAUGGCGACAAACGGGCUAG